AUGGACCCGCUCCCCCACGGAGUGGGCAGUGGCGGUGGCUAUCCGUCGAAUGGCCCUGAAGCGUGGUUCUACUCCCUCCCUCCGGUGACCCGUGCGGUCACGUGCAUCACGUUCGCUUGCACUCUGCUGUCGUCUAUUGAGUUGAUGCCCGCUCGUCUGUUAAUUUUGGACUGGGAGUUGGUUUCUCAGAAGCUUCAGGUCUGGAGGCUGCUCACGAACGUCUUAUACAUUGGCAGGUUCUCUCUAGGUUGGGUUCUCCAUAUGUACAUGUGGACCCAAGUUAGUUCCGAUCUCGAGAACAAUGCCGUGUUCGUUCAAGCUAGCAAAGGGGCGUACCUUUACUUCAUCGUACUCCAGACCCUCUGUCUAGACUUCAUCUCUCUGCUCUUCUUUUGGCCCACGGGCCUUCACUUGCUGGGUGGCUCUCUCCUGUUCGCUGUUCUCUACUACUGGAGCCGCCGCGAGUCGUACACUCCAGUGUCUAUUUAUUUUCUGACUGUCCAGGGCCACCAGCUGCCUUUCGUUCUGCUCCUUCUGCAUCUUUUGAUGGGAAAGGAUCUCUGGUCUGACGCCAUCGGCCUUCUCUCCGGCCACAUUUACUACUUCUUUAGGGAGAUUUUACCAGCUCAAGGCGGCGCAGACUUACUGAGUUACACCCCCAAAAUUUUCGACCGGCUGGCAGAAAGGCUUUCGAACCGUCCGGAAAUCGGCAGAAGACCAACCAGCCGAACCGGAGUAGUCUCAGGCGGUUCGGGUGGAGGCGGGCCAGGUGGCCCUGGCGGCAACAGCUGGGGAGGUUCUGUCAGGCCGCGACCUGCUGCAGGCGGUGGAUCCUCGGGAACCCAAGCAUUUACGGGGCGUGGCUAUCGAAUAGGGUCAGACUAG